AUGAAAAACACAAAAGGAAAAUCUCGUAACUUAACUAAAAAAGAGCAGCCUAGUCCCGAAAGUAAUAAUAGCUCACACAAAAGUAAAAAUCAACUAGUCGAAACAAAACAAAAAAAGAGCGGUAAACAAGAGAUCUCUUUGAUUGGCAAAAAGCGAUCUCAAAAUGGCAAAUUAAAAAAGGAUGAUUCGCAAAAAUCAUCAAUCUGGGCGUAUUUUGAACCAAAUCCACGUUGGUAUACCAUCCAUCCUGAAAAAACCUUUCAAAAUUCAUCCAAUGAAAAUCUCUCAGAAGAAACAAUUACAAGAAAAUAUGAGGAAUCAAAAAAACUCUUACAAGAAGAGAACGCACACUUUGAAGCCAAUCCAUCAUUUCUAGCAUCAGAUCGCACAUUCUACACAGCCAUGCUUAAAUCGGGCACUUUGAAUGACAAAAUAUCCACUUUAUCUGUAAUGAUAUCCGCGUCGCCUCUGCAUGCUAUGAAAUCGAUGGACACGUUGAUGACCAUGGCGAAAAAGAAUAAUCGACACGAAUCUCUACGCGCGAUUCUAAGUCUACGAGACGUUAUGAUGGAAUCUCUGUUACCUCCACGAAAACUAAAGUAUUUUCGCGAUCAACCCUUGUCAGAUCCGAAAGUUUCUGCUCGGCAUUUAAUUUUGUGGGCUUUUGAAGAUUAUCUUAAAAGAUAUUAUUUCGAACUAAUAAAAAUAAUAGAGGUGCUUUCUCAUGAUGUUCUCGUCCACGUAAGACAGCAAAUGGUCGAAACCAUAUUUGGCCUGGUAAAAAGCAAACCCGAACAAGAACAAAACCUUUUGAAGCUCUUGGUUAACAAAUUAGGAGAUAACGAUAAAAAAGUCGCCUCUAAAACAACAUAUCUCAUUCAACAACUAUCAAAUACGCGCCGAGAUCUAAAACUAGCAAUAGUUAGUGAAAUCGAGCAAUACCUCUUACUAAGUAAUUCGAGACCACAUGCGCAAUACUAUGCUGUCAUCUGUCUCAACCAGACAAUAUUGACGAGAGGAGAAGUAGAAUUAGCCAAUAAGUUAAUCGAUGUUUAUUUCGUGUUCUUUCGGCAACUGUUGGGUGUUAAGAAUACCGAUAAACAGGAUAAAAAUGAAAAAAAUGGGAAAUUAAAAGGAAAAGGCAAUAAUAAAUUUAGUAAAGACAAAAAAGAUAUUGCAAAGAAAAAAAAAGGGUCUUUAAGUAUCAGUCACCAGGAUUUGCCGAGUUCUGAUUCACUUAAUUCUAAAAUCAUUGCUGCAAUAUUGACUGGUGUCAAUCGUGCUUUUCCCUUUGCAAAAGUGGAAGAGGACGUAUAUGAUCAUAACAUGGACAUUUUAUUUCGUAUAACUUACUCUGGCACGUUCAAUACGAGUGUCCGUGCUCUGAUGCUGAUAUUUCAAGUUUGUUCGGCAAAGGAGGAUAUUUUAGAUCGUUUCUAUCGUACGCUCUAUGAAUCGCUGUUUGAUGUUCGGCUAAUAACGUCUUCAAAGCAUGCAAUAUAUCUAAAUUUGCUAUUUAAGGCUCUCAAAGCUGAUGAAUCAAUGGCGCGUGUCAAAGCUUUUGUCAAACGAAUAUUGCAAACGGCUGCUCAUCACCAACCGCCCUUCAUUUGUGGCGUAUUUCAUUUAAUAUCAGAGUUGAUGAAUCUAAAACCAGGACUUCGAGCUCUAAUCUUUCAACCUGAAGAAAACGACGAGGAGGAACAUUUUGUUGAUGCACCGGAAGAAGAUGAUGAAGACUCUGUAGUUUCAGACAAACCCAAAAUUAAUAAAGUGUCUUCCUCACAGCCAUCAGAUGUAAACACGCAUAAAAAAUAUGAUGGAAGGAAACGUGAUCCCCAAUAUAGUAAUGCGGAUCAGACUUGUCUUUGGGAAUUGGCAAUGUUCUUUUUUGAAUCACUUUCACCCAACAGUAACAUUGUAUGCAAGCCAAAUUCUCAACGAAAUCCGAAAAAAUCGGAUUCAAUUAAGGGAAGUUCGAAAAUGCAGCCUUCUAUAGCAUCCACAGAUAAUAUUCUGACGAUGAAAAAGGGAGCAGGGAUUACGAAAGAAGAAGUUGUGAAUUCUGAAGAGUUUUGGCGAAAGAAAGUUGAAGAUAUACCUGUUGAUCAGAUAUUUUUCCACAGGUAUUUCACUCAAAAACGGGCAUCAUUGGGUGAUACGACAAAAAAGACAAAAAAGAAAAAAUCUGAUACAAAAGAUGUUGGUUUCAUGGACGCUGAGGGAUCGACCGAUGAGGAAGAGGAAGAAGAAAUAUGGCGUGUCAUGACUAAAGGAUUACCAAAUGUGGAUUUUGAUCCCGGUAGUAACGGUGAAAAUGAUGACGAUGAUCAAGAUGAUUUAGAAGAUUUUGAAUUUGAUGAGAAUGAGGAUGAAAAUGAAGGGGAAGAAAUUGGUAGUCCUGAAGCAAAUGAUUCCGCUGAUGCGGAUGAUUUUGUAGAAGAUGAGGAUGACUUAAUAAUCGGUUCUAAAAAGAUUAAACGACAAAAACUUAAGCAUUUGCCAACAUUUGCUAGUUUUGAUGAUUACGCUGAAAUGCUCGAGGAUGAUUAA